CUCUGAGAUAAACAAUCCCAAAAUUCCCAACGGCCGCAACUCGCGCUUCCGUCUUCAACCGCUGGUGAACCAAUUCGCCAUAAAUACCCGCGACUGCAUCUGAUUAUCCCCCGGAGAGCGAUUCCACCGAGCUGAGGCCCACGCUGGAGAUCUGAAGUGCAACAACUUGUUUAUGUUUACAUAAGAAGGCAGCCCAGCAGCAGCAACAACGACGAGCAGAAUGACGAGCACGCUACAAGAAGGAAUCCUGGUGGGCUGCGGCAACCCGCUGCUGGACAUCUCCGCCGUCGUCCCCCUGGACUUCCUGCAAAAGUACUCGAUGAACGAGGACGAUGCGAUCCUGGCCGAGGACCGACACAUGCCCAUUUAUGGGGAGCUGGUCGAGGGCUACCGGGCGGAGUUCCUGGCAGGCGGAUCCGUGCAGAACUCGCUGAGGAUCGCCCAGUGGAUCCUGCGGCAGCCCAGGGUGGCUGUGUUCUUUGGCUGCGUGGGCGAGGAUAGGUACGCCGAGAUCCUGAAGGAGAAAGCUCAAUCCGCCGGCCUGGACGUCCACUACCAGGUGAAGAAGGACGUGCCCACGGGUACCUGCGCGGUUCUCAUCACCGGCACUCACCGCUCGCUCUGCGCCAAUCUGGCGGCGGCGAACAACUUCACCAUCGAUCACCUGGAAGAGCCUAGCAACAAGGCUCUGGUGGAGAAUGCCCAGUACUACUACAUAUCGGGCUUCUUCCUCACCGUGAACCCGCCGAGCAUCAUGCAGGUGGCGGCCACCGCCCAUGCCAAGCAGCGACCGUUCCUAAUGAACCUCAGCGCACCAUUCAUAUCGCAAUUCUACAUGGCACCGCUGCUGGCCGUCCUGCCCUACGUGGACAUCAUCUUCGGCAACGAGGCGGAGGCACAGGCCUUCGCCGAGGCCCAGAGUUGGCCCAGCGGGGAUCUGCGCGAGAUUGGCAAGCGGCUGGUGGCGUUCGACAAACUGAAUCCGGCGCGGCCGCGCAUUGCCAUUCUCACGCAGGGCUGCGACCCCGUGCUGCUCUUCCAGCAGGAUUCGGUGCAGGAGUUCCCGGUCACGAAAUUGGCGGUGCAUGAGAUUGUCGAUACCAAUGGCGCUGGGGACGCAUUCGUUGGAGGUUUCCUGUCGCAGUUUGUGCAGGGCAAGUCGCUGGACGUCUGCAUCCGGUGUGGCAACUAUGCGGCCGGGCACAUCAUCAAGAAUCCUGGAUGCACAUACUCCGGCGAGCCGGAGUUUGUCGAGUAAAUCCGGAUACGGAGGCUACAGAAACCUUAUACACACACACGAAGACAGAGGAGGAGGCGGGCAAAGCGCAGCAAGAUUUGCAAUUGUUAAUUAAGUAAUUGAGAGUGACUAAGACAUUUUGUUAACACUGAUAAUUGUUUGUACAUAUAACCCACACACUCAGACACUUACAAAAGCAUACACAUGUGGAAUGACAUGAACAAAUAGCGAGAGUGAGGCUUGUGUCUUAUAGAUAGAGCAAUAUUCGAAUUUAAAUUGAUAAUAAACGAAAGUGACACACGCGACAGAAACACGAAA